CCCGAACAAUUCCAUCUCGACACACGACCCAACCUUCAUCCCGAUCAUCACGGUCCUUCGCAAACGAGCAUAAUCGCACGCGCGCGACGACCAUUCGCGAGUAUAUAGAUAUAUAUAUAUAUUAUAAAUAUAUCAGAUCAAAUAAAUUGUAUAUCGAGAAGAUAGAGAAAGAGAGAAAAAAUAGAUAAAAGGAAAAUAUACAGUCGGAUUCUAUCAGUUUUUUUCUUUUCUUAUCCGCGGAGUUUCUAACGUCGAAUCGAAGCCCUAAGAAACAAAGAGGAAGGAAGGAAGGAAGGAAGAAGGGCUGCCUGUUCUGUUGCCCAUUGCCCAGCUGCUGCUAUUCAACUUCCGUUUUCAAACGAGUUUUUGACAGUUAAGGAAGAUCUAAAUUACAUCGACGACGACGAUGAUGAAGAUCGUGUUAAUAUCGAUGAUAUGUUUGUUGGGUGCAAGGGCUGCUCCCUUGGCUAAUCAUCACGAAGCUGAAACACCUCAGACCGUGGUACCACUCGAAAAAAUAGACUCGACGAAUUCGGAAGUGGCUGCGAAUGUUGCUCACGAUGAUUCAUCAGCGUCUUUGAACGCACCAGCAGCAGCGUCUUCGAGCAGUGCACCAGCAGUAGCGUCUUCUGACGUAUCAUCAGCUGCUUCAUCGGCACCAUCAGUUGUUGACGAAAAUCCGGAAGCUAAAGUAGAAGUUCCGGCCGAGGCACCAACAGCAACUCUCAGAAGCGAAAGGAACGCGGAAAAUCCUCAACAAAGUCAAUCCUCCUCCUCCUCCUCCCCCUCCCCCUCCUCGUCUCAACCGGUAGCACACGAAGCACCAUUGGAACAAGCUGACGAAAAAAAGGAACACCUUCCUGCUGAACAAAAUGCCGAUGCACAAGCGGUACCGCAAACCCAACCAGAAGCCCAACCGCAAGCCCAGCAGCCACAAGAACAAUCUGCCGAGGCUAAAAAGGAGGAUGAAAGUCUCAAGGAAGCAGCAUCCGAAGUAAAGGAAAACGUCCAAGUGACAUCGCAAGAGGAUCACCCUAAAGCUGAACCAACUGAAGCCGCCGAGAAAAAGGAAGAAGCAGCAGCAGCACCGGCCGAAGUAAAGGAUGUUGUUGCCCAAUCCAAUGAGGAAUCCAAAGAAAAGAUAGAUCUAACGAAAAAAGAAGAACCAAUUAAAAAAGAAGAAGAAGAAAAGAAAUCCGAGGGACAAGCUGAAGAAGGAUCAUUGAAAAAGGACGAAGAAGUCGUGUUACCAGUGGCGGCGGCUACAUCUGAAAGUAAAGCACAAGAGGAAGCCGAGAAAAAGGUUGAAAAUUCUAACGAUGCCAAUAAAAACGAAGAGGAAACAUUGAAAGAGGAAAUAAAAGCUGAAGAAAAGCCAGACCGCGUGACUCGUGACGCCGAGGAAACUGCGCCAGUUGUUUUACUCGAAAAAUCUCAUGUUAAUAACGAAGAUGCGAGUAAUCAAAAUCAAGAAAAGAAGAGUAAUGAUCAUCAAGCCGAGGAAAAUAAAAAUAACGAAGAAUCGAUAAAAGCGGCGACUGGUGAAAUCGAAAAACCAGUAGAAGAAUCAGCUGCUGCUGUUGCUAGUUCAUCGUUGGCAGCAAGCGGUGCUGGUAAUCAAGAUGAAGGUGCUAAAGAAGACGUAAACAAAUCGAGCUUGUUACCUCAGGUAGAAAAAGAAGCUAAGAGCGUGGAAUCCGAGGUAGCUCCAAAGGAAGAUAAACAAUCGGAAAGCGUUCCCGAAGCUGGUCCAACGUUGUUACAACAAGAAACUAGUCAGAUCAAGCGAGAUGCUUCAGUUAUUAACGAGGAAUCAGUAAAAUCAAAAGCCGUGGAUGAUGAAUCACCUAAGGAAGAAAUCAAAUUGGAAACGGAAGCAGCAACCGUAGCGGUUACUCCUGCAACAACCGGGGGAGCUGAAUUAAAGGAAUCGUCCUCCGAGGAAGACAAAUCUGUUGAAAAGGAUGACGCUAAGAACAACAACAGCGAGGAGGACGACGAUGAUGACAAGAAAUCAUCCGAGGAAAAAUCUUCGAAACCUGCGGAAGAAUCUAAACCAGAAUUAUUGCCAGAACCGGAAGAAGUCAAGGACGCGAAAGUUGAUUCAUCGGUUCAACCAAAUGCUCUCUCGUCCCCUUCUGUACAGGAAGACAAUAGUUCGGCGGUAAUUCCUGGUAGCAGUAACAACGACGCCAACCAGAAAAGUGAAGAAAACAGCAGCCAAAGUAACAGCGAAGAAAAGAGCGCCUCAUAAAAGGAUCCCACGCUAGUUUAUUACACGAUCGGCAGGAAAUAUUCACGAGACCACCUCCCCCCCGCCAACCACCAUCCCCGAAGGUAAAAAUCAAUCGAGAGAGAGAAAGAGAGAGAGAGAAGAAAAGUCGCCGAUAGUGACAAAACGACAGAGAAUAAUGUCGGAUUCCAAGAUUAUUAAACGACCAUCGAACAACAAAAAUAAUAAGAACACAAACUAGCUAAAAAAAAAAAAAUAAU